UGCCAACAUGGGUUUGUUUUUUAAAAUAUUUAUAUUAACAUUAGUAACUGUGAACUCCACCGAAAAUCUAAAAAAUAUUCUACCACCAGUUAUCUCCAGAGAGAACAACAAUAUGGCGGAUUGCUUACUUUAUAUUGUUUCAAAUGUUAAUCUACCAGCUCUACCUAAAAUUCAGAUCUCUAUCAAAACACAACAUACAAAUAUCACAGAAAAAUUUAUGGAAAAUGUUGAAAUAUUCCGAAGAAAUUACAAAAAUAUCAUAUUGGAUUUAUUGUCUGAUGGGAACGGAGGUUUUGACAUUAAUUUAAUGUUCUUUUUCAUUGAUUCGCUAAAAUCAUUGGAGUAUUUGGUGGAAAGAAAUCAACAGAAUAAGGUUGAACUUCUUUCAAUAGAUAACUCAGCAUUAUAUAUCAUCAUUUUGCCAGCAACACUUGAAUCAUCAGAUGAACUUCUAAAGCAAAUAUUUGAUUUAUGCCUUAAACAAUCAAUUCUGAAUGUUCUUGUACUUCAAGAGAAUGAAGCUGGAACAAUCUUCUUGUACACUUAUUAUCCAUAUACUGAGAAAAAUUGUAGAAAUACUAUUCCAAGACUACAAAACACCUUCUCAAAUGGAAGUUUUCAACUCCAGAAGCCCUUGUUUGAACAAAAAACUAAAAAUCUUCAAUUGUGUCCUGUAAGAAUAAUUGUAAUCGAACAUUCAGAAUUCAUCAACCCAAUGGAACCAGCUAUAUUUGAUGAUGCUCUUCUAAAGAUUCUGGCUGCCGAAAUGAACUUUUCAAUAGAAUAUAAAAUGUCCCCAGAAGGAAGAGGUGUAGUCUAUAGUAACGACAACAUGACCAAUGAUUUAAAAAUGUUACAUGACGGAGAUGGAGACUUAAUUAUUGGUACAUGGUGCAAUACAAUGGCAAGUCAGGUUUUCGGAGCAGUGCCAUACACUUUUGAUAAGGAAUUAAUUGUUUUUAAGAACCCGGAAAAGUAUAGUUAUCUGGAUAUUUUAUUUUUUCCAUUUGAUGCUACAACUUGGACAAUGAUCUUGUUUUCUUAUAUUUCGCAUUUAACUGUGCGAUUUGCAACAAAGAAAUUUGGCCUUCGCAGCAAAGAUUCGAUGAGAUUUUAUAUAAUAACUUGGCUUUUAGGAAUGAUGAUCUUGAGCAGUUCCUAUGGAGGUUCUCUUUUUAAAUUUAUACACGACAGUCCUAGCAAACCUAUUCCAAAAAAUGUAGAAGGUGCCAUAAAAGAAGAUUAUACAUUUUUAGUUUCAAGCGAAGGAUUAUAUGAUGAUUUGAAAGUUUUGCAAAACCAUACGUUCGGUGUUGGAGAAGAUGAUAUGUAUGCAGCUUUUAAAGAAGUCAGUGGCAAGUUUGCGUGGAUAAUUUCGGACAAAUAUUUGAAUUCGUAUGAAGACAAGGGCUUGAAAUAUUUCGUCGCUUACGAACCACUCUAUACAUCUUUGCAAUGUAUUUACACGCGAAAGAACUCUUAUUUAUCAUUGACAGUGAGGAAACAAAUUGAACUAAUGAAGUCAUAUGGGCUUUUGAACUUCAUUAAUAGAAUGACUCAAACCAAAAAUAUUUUAAAAGAAAAUGAAAAUAAAAAACUAAAGCCAAUGUCAUUGUUUCAAGUAAAGGGUGCAUUUGUGUUAUAUCUAAUAUUUAAUGGUGUUAGUUUAAUCAUUUUUGGAAUGGAACAUGAAAUUUCUAGAAUUCAAAAUAUAUACAGAAUGAAUAUCUAGAAAGAAGACUAAUGAAUAUUUUUAAAGAAUGAUUUUAUUCAAACGUAUAAAUGUGUUGUGUAACAAUAUUUUCUGCAAAACGUAUUUUAAAAUAUAC